AAUGUUCAUGACGUAAUAUUUAGCCUGAAUGUUUUAUUUACUUUUGAUUUGUUACCUCCAGUCGUUUUGAUUUCGUGCGGAGGCAGUAAAAUGCUACACAAUCUGCAAAAUCUCAUUAAAAUCUGCGUUUGUUUCGGUGGUUUACUCUAUGUAUUUUUCACUGUGAUUGAUUUUACCUACUUUACAUCAUUUUCAAAAUCUAUAAACCUACACUCAGGACCAAGAGGAACAACAUGGGCAAAUAUAUCCCAGUCCCUUCUUGUAAACAUGAGUUUAUUAAGCAUGUUUAUUAUCCAACACUCUUUAUUAGCAUUAACUGGCAUCUCAAGUAAAAUUAAGUACAUGUUAAAUAAAUUAGGACUAGAAGUGCUUUACAGAAGUAUUUAUGUAAUCACGACUGCAGCUGUGUUGCAAUUACUAAUGAAUAGAUGGGUACAUAUACAUGAAGUAACCCUCUGGCAACUCAAUUUGAAUUACCAACCAUUCUGGUGGUUGUAUGUUAGUUUACAUGUGACUGCAUGGGUUAUUAUAUAUGUGGGAAACAUUUGUACUGACAUAACUGAACUGCUUGGUAUUAAACAGGUUCGGUAUAGCCUAUAUAGAGUCCCAAGAGAUCCUUGUGUUAUGAAGUCAGAAAAUUUACGAAGAUUAUAUAAUCACAUGAGACAUCCAAGCUUUGUAGCAUUCACACUUAUCUUUUGGGCUACUCCAAUCAUGACUUUGGAUCGGUUUCUUUUGGCCUGUAUUUUGACUUUAUAUAUGACAGUUACGUGGAAAACUGAUGAGAAGGAUUAUAAUUAUCAGAAAUAUCAAUACAUAAGGAAAUACCAUGAGUUGGACAGACUUAAGAGAUAAAAAUUUAGGGACAUGCGACAAUUAAUAAAUAUUAUUUAUUAUCAUCAUACACAAUCACAAUUUUUUGUACUACAUUUACAUCAAUCUCAUAUAUUUAAAAUUAAUUUAGAAUAGGUAAUUCUAUUUUUUAUAAAUAUUGACUAAACACUGCUUUCACAAAUAUUUGUUUAAAUGUGUUUUCUUAUUUUUUUUUACAACACUAACAUUAUUUAUAAUAAAUAUGAAAUAUGUGAC